UUUUUUUUUUUUUUUUUUUUUUUGAUUAACCAGGUGUUGGCCCCUUCGGGACCCACCACCUAGGCCUGGCGCCAGCCUGUGUCUGUACCGGUUAAGGCCCUGGACACGCCUCCCCGCCCGAGUUUCGAACCCGCGUUCCCUCAGCCGAAGCCUCGGGAUACCACUGGACUAGCUCGUCCGGGUAAAAUAUGAUAUGUUGAUCGUUAAUAUUUUCCAAAAAAAAAAAGAGGAUGGGAUAUCGUCUCAAUUUGGCACCAAGGAUCUUGUUACUACAUCUCACACUAUUAUCAGUGACAAAAUGGUCCGAAUCGGCAAGAGUAUUCACGAUCGUGAACUUAUGUGACCAAACAAUAUGGCCGGCUAUAACACCCGGAGAAAACUUCAGCGGCGGAGGAUUCAAGCUCAAACCGGGCCACUCCAUCGUCUUCAACGCGCCAGUAGGGUGGUCAGGUCGAAUCUGGGGACGAACCGGCUGUAAUUUCAACAGAACCGGAACCGAAAGCUGCGAAACCGGUUCAUGCGGCUCAAAGUUAAAAUGCUCUGCCUCUGGAAAACAACCAGUUUCACUAGCCGAGUUCACGUUAGCUUCAUUGGAUUUCUACGACGUGAGCCUCGUCGAUGGAUACAAUCUCCCGAUGACAGUGACUCCGGUGAAUGGAACAGGAAACUGCAACGUCGCCGGCUGCGUCGCCGAUUUGAGGCGAAGGUGUCCUGUGGAGCUUGCCGUGAAAUCUAAGGGGAAAGUGAUAUCGUGUAGGAGUGCUUGUGAUGUGUUCGAUAGUGAUCAGUAUUGUUGCAGAGGAGAUUAUGGGAAUCCUUCUACGUGUCGACCAAGUCAUUACUCGAAAAUAUUCAAGAAGGCUUGUCCAACUGCUUACAGCUAUGCUUAUGAUGAUCCGACCAGUAUCUUCACUUGUACCGGAUCUGAUUACGUCAUCUCUUUCUGUUCCUACAAGAGGAAGAAGCCGGUGUGAACGUAACAUGAUAGAACAAGUUGGUGUGGUUCUGAAUUCUGGUGGAUUCAAGCGAUGUUGCCUCUCGUUGCUUUUUUACCUAAUUUCGGGAUUCUGUUUUUUAGAUAAACAAGUUUUUUUCCUACGGGAAUAAUUCAUGUUUGUAUUUUGUUAAAUAAGCUUCACAUAUGGCAUAUGCCAUAUGCUGUUGAUGAUGCUAAUUUCAAAGUAAGAAUAAAGGUUUGUUUGUAUGAAAGCAAAUAUGAAAACAUA